UUUCAUGUUUGGUUGUCGUGAAUGAUCAGUGGCUGAGAUCGAUCGCAGCCUCCAUGUAGGCAUCUGAGCUGGCGCCAUGUGGGCGGCGUCCGUUCGACAGCUUCAGAGAGGUAGUGAUUUGUGGAGGGCCGUUGCCCUCCGCCGCUGCAAUGUGCGCGGAACGUGUGCUCCGCUACACAUCUUACAGAGAGGUCGGGCCGUGUCAACGGCAUACCAAUCAAUGGAGGAGGCUCAGGAGAUGUUGACCUUGGCGCAGAGGCACAUCUCCGAUGAGCUCUUGCAGCAGGUCGAGCGCCAUCAGGAGUGCUUCGACAUGCCUAAAGCUCCAAGCCGCUCAGGCUCCGAAGGAGCCAUGGUGGCCAUGGAACUCUUUGAACGGCUCAGGAGGAAUCCCUUUGAGCCGCCAGUGUCUGCCGAACGGGCAGAGGACAUGGUGAUAGCCAUGGAGGGGGAAUUGCAGGCUCUAAAAUCCCCGGUGUUGGACGUGAGCCUACCUCAGGUAGGUGAUGACCGACGCCUGGUGGUGGUGGGCGACCUCCAUGGACAGCUACAGGACAUACUUCACGUCUUUGAAGAACACGGGCCUCCCUCUGAAGAGGUGGCUUACGUCUUCAACGGAGACAUUGUAGAUGCUGGGAUCUCCGGGAUCUCCCUAGACAGUCUUGUUUCUGCUAGAGCCACUGGAGCCAGGUCGAUGCAGGAAAUGGUCAUAGCGUGCUUCUUCGAAGCGACGGCCAUGUCGUGGCUUGUGGAAGGAAUGAGUUUGGACAGUGCGACAUUCCACGGCAUGGGAGUGGAGCAAGCUGCCAUUGUCAGGUUUCUGCAGGUGUCCGCCGGUGGCUUUCAUACGGUGCUUCUCCAAAGUGAUGGUCGUGCCGUUGGUUUUGGAAUGAAGAACUUUGGUCAGUGCCAGAUUCCAUCUCUGAAGUCGUGGCUGGAGCUUCUAAGUAUGGCACCCUCCGGCCGCCGCUACAUCUGCGAUCAUGGACCAUCAGGCAAAGACAACGUGUUCCAACUGGAUUUGGUUGCUGAAGAUGAUGUAGCGCUGCUGACAUGCUGGAAUUUGGCUGGGCAUGAGGUCUUGCGCUUAAGGACACAUUGCUCUGACCUGGCUGUGGAUAUUCACAACCGCAUUGCACUUGAGCUGAACGCAAAUCGCGGCCGCUAUGCCGUGGAGAUUUGGCUCUUAGUCAUCGCUUUCAAGCGCCUGGGCGUAGAGUGGAGACACAUCUACGCCCAGAGCAGGUUUCAGAUCCUCAAGAAUGGCUGGUGCGAAUUCGGUUGUCGCAUCCGCAGAGUGCCUGGGGACCCAGUCUUUGUGCUUCGCGGAAACCAUGAGAACGAUCAGAUGAUUUCCAGGCCUUGGAAGAUGGGCGGUGGAUUUUCAGAGGAGUGCCUCGGGAAGUACAACCAUUCCUUGUUGGCCGCCUUCCAGCGCAUGUUCAAACUCCUCCCACUCUUCGCUGUCAUCGAGAAAGAGAUCUUUGUAGUGCAUGGAGGGCUCUUCAGGAACCCCUCCGUGAAUUUAGAGAUGCUGCGAGAGUUACCCAAGGUGCACUGGCAGCGGAACUAUCCCAAUCCUUUGAACAAGGAGGAAAUGGAACAAGGCAAAGCGUGGACAGAGCAAGAGGAGAUCUUGUUCGAUGCGCUUUGGGCCGACCCCCACCAUGGUAUCGGCUCCAAACGGUCUGAGCGUGGCAGAGUAGCGGUGAUGUUCGGCGAGGACGUCACCGAGCGCUUCUUGGAUGAUGCCAAGCUCUCGCUGUGCUUGUGCGGAUGCCCGGCUGGGCGCUCGCAUCGUGUGCCGCAGAACGGUUCGGCAGCCAAUCCGGAACAGCCCAUCGACCCAACUGGGCCCAACUGGGCCGCAGGGCUCCAGUCGAAGUUGUCCAAGCAACGUCCUGAGGGCGAGAAUGACACGGAGCGCGAGCUGUUGAGGGUGGAUGAAGAUGUCCUGGGCAUCGGAUUCCAACGCACCCGUCCGGAGUUCUUCAAUCCGUGCUGGCAACUGAGAUGUCCCAGGAAUUUGGAGGGUGACACGGAGGGAGCCGACAGCCAGGAUCUCUACUUCGCGCCUUCUACAGGAGUGCGGAAGGAUCCCAGUGAGGCGGCUGCCAGUUUGAUGAAAGAAGCAGGCUUUGCAGAGCUGGCAGCUGACCUUGCAGCCACAAGCACAAGCAGUCUGUGCCGUCAUCCUGCCAUGGCGCUGAAGCCGCUGAAGCCGCUGAAGUCCUUGUUUCCACAGAUCGAUCCAAAUCCAAAUGCCAAUUUGCUGCCGGAAAGCUUAAAGUUGAGCGGCUUUGAGCAACGGAUCAUCAUCGUCGGUGGUGGACCUUCAGGGAUGCACAUGUCAGCGUGCCUAGCCGCCAAGGGCUACACCAAGGUGACUUUGUUGGAAGCAGAGCCGGAGAUCGGAGGCAAGUCGCUGACGGUUUAUGAUGAUGCCCUGCCCAGUGUGCCAAAUGAGAUGGGAACCUGCUACCUGAAUGCCCAGUACAAGUUAGUCAGGAGUCUCUUGGAAGAGUACGAUCCGGAGAAUACCGAAGAGGAAUUCGCCAACGAGAAGAAUGGCCGGAUGGCCUUCGGUGUGGUCAUUGCGGAUGAGGACAAGAGGAAGUACACGGAAGGACUGGACUACUCGGACUGGGUCAACGAGGAGGCGGAAAAGGUCAGUUGCCCAUCUUGUUGCUGGUGCCUUCCGGACUCCUUACAGGGCAUUCCCAUCUUCGUGGCCUUCGCCAAAUACCUGAAGAUUCACGUGGAGAUUUUCGGGCGAUACUCCUAUGGCAUGCCGCCCAAACCAAAGGACUGGUGUAGGAUCAACAUGACGGCACAGGAGUUUCUGAAACAGAACGGCCUGGAAAUCUUGACGCCCAUCUUCAUCUAUAGCCAGCAGGUCCAAGGUUAUGGUAUGUUGGAUCAGGUCCCUGCGUUCUACCUCCUUUGGUGGAACCAUCCGGACAUCGCCAGGAAUACCAUCGGUGCCAUCCUGGGUGGUCCGCCCAACCCGGGCUUGGCCUUGCUGAAGAACGGAUGGCAAUCCCUGUGGUUGAAGAUGAAAGAGAGGCACAGCAAAGAGGUGACGUACAUCACCAGCGCCAGCGUCACUGAGAUCAAACGCAGCCCAACGGUGGAGGUGACCUACCGACAGGGUGAGAAGUUGCACACUCUUCAGGGUGACGUGGUCAUCACUGCGAUCGACCUCUUUCGCUUCCGACACCUGAUCUGCGACCUGGCCCCUGAAGAAGAGCAGAUCUUUUCCCAGUUGCAAGGACAAAGCCUGACCACAACUUUGUACAAGGGGAAGACCACAGACCAUGAGCAUACGGUGGAAACCUGGUUCGGGAGGAUGGGCAUCAUGGAUGACGGCGUGGGCCAAUUCUACGCCCAGCGCAACAGCCGCAUGGCCGCGCGCCCCAACUUGCCGCCCAACGGCGUGGAGCUGCGGGUGGCCUAUCAAUACAUGCCCAAACCCUUGCAGACCGGAGACGAGGCAAAACUGGCGAAAGUGUUGAAGGAAAAUCUGAAAAGCUAUGCAGGAGAGCCUGAGGUGGAGAUUCUUCUGCAGAAGGCUUGGGGUUACUUUCCGCACUUCGAGAACGAGGCCUUGGUCAAGGAAUUUCCGUGGAAAAUCCUGGACCUCCAGGGCAAGAGGAACACCAUCUUCAUAGGCUCCUCGGUAUGCUAUGAGAGUGCCCUGGAUCAAGUGGCCUACAACUUGAUGUUGCUCAGCAAGAUGCUGGCUCCAGCAGUUACCUCUGUCAUCCUCGAAAGGAGGACCAAGAAAAAUCCUGUCACGUUUGUCUCGGAGACGGCAGUGAGUCUUUUGGGCAGGAGCCGGCAAGUGGUGUCGAAAACCAAGGAUUGGGCUGAGGCUAUUGGCAUGGGCCUUGGCAAUCCUUUCCUUAGGCCAACCGGAUCAACCGGCAACCAACGAUCCAAAACUCAACCGGUGCAUUCCCAUCACCAGGAGCCCGUGGCGGCUGCGCCGGCUGCGCCGGUGCCGCGGGAGGGCAAUGGCUCGGAGCUGCCAUCGCUCAAAAUCGAGGUGUCCACACCUAUGGCUUUGCCUUCACCCUUUGCAGCGGUCCCGGAGGUACCCGAUUCCGUGGGCGCCUGGAAGUUAUCUUCCCCCCUAGAGGCACUUCGGAGUCAUGCGCGCUCCUUUGCCAUGCAAUUUAUGGAGCCGAUCACCGGGGCUUUUUCCGCCAUGGCUGUGGUGAACGUCUCCUUACCCAGUGGACGGAGCUGCAACGUGUCUCUGCCAGCCAGCUAUGGGGAUUUGAAGCGGGCGGCGCAAGAGGCCUUGCAGCAGCAGUUCCUGAGCUUCGUGGUGGAUGGAGCGGUGGUGGACCAGCACUUGCGCCCCUUCGAGGGGGCCCACAUCUUGGCCAUCGCUGCUGAGCCGCAGAUGGCGGCUACGGGGCGCGCCUUCGCGCUGUGGACGCACGGGGGUAGGGCAGUGGCCUGGGGCGAUCCUCUCUUCGGUGGUGAGGUUUCCGAUGUGCAGCAAGAGCUGCGCGAGGUGCGGGUCAUCGAAGCUUCGCACAGCGCCUUCUGCGCGCUGAGACUCGAUGGCUCAGUGGUCACCUGGGGCGAUCCUGCGGCUGGGGGUGAGACGUGCGGAGAUGUGCAGCGGCAGUUGAAGGAGGUGCGAAGCAUUGCAGCGUCAGAUCGGGCCUUUGCCGCGGUACUGGCAGAUGGCAGGGUUGUGACCUGGGGCAAUUCUGCUGCUGGUGGAGAUAGCUGCUGUGUGCAGGAGCAGCUGCGAGAUGUGGAGGACAUUCGGGGUUCCGCAGCGGCCUUUGCAGCGCGCACCCGCAGCGGCCGCGUGGUGACAUGGGGCCACAGGCAGUUUGGAGGAGACAGCCGUGGUGUCCAAGAUCAACUGCGAGACGUCCGCCAGAUCUCUGCUUCCGCCGGCGCGUUUGCGGCGCUGUUGGCCGAUGGAUCUGUGGUCACCUGGGGAAACCCACGACAUGGUGGAGACUGUUCCUUCGUCUCGCCGCGUGUCCAGCAGCUGGCGGCCUCGGCCGCCGCCUUUGCGGCGCGGACCACGGAGGGCCACGUGGUGACCUGGGGACAUCCGGACUACGGUGGCGACGGCAGUGCCAUCAGCACUCACCUCCCCAAGCUGCGCAACGAUGACAUCCUGCAUGGCUCAGCGGCGGCCUUUGCUGUGAUGUCGGAGGGCGGCUCCCUGUUCACCUGCGGCCACCGCCGUUACGGCGGCGCUUUGGACGCGGGCUGCGCCUGCAACGACGCCGCGCAGCUGCUGUGCAACUGGAGACGCCUCGGAUUUGUGGCGCGGAGGAAGGAUGGUACUGUGGUCACCUGGGGCCAAGAUUUCGACGCCUCGCCACCGAAAGAUCUCCGUGUGCAGCGGCUGCUGGCAGCCAACGGUGCAGCCAUCGCUGCCUUGGCGAAGGGGAAGCUGGUGACCUGGGGCCAGGCAGAUGCUGGCGGUGACACAGGUAAGGUGCAAGAUCUGCUGACGCAGCUGUGAAUUCGAUGUAGAAAAAUGGGUCGAAGCCUGGUCUCAGCGUCACAAGGUUUUCUGACCCUGCCCUGCUGGAGGCUCAGACUUUUU